UCUCUCUUCCUACGCAAUGUGCGCAUUGUCCGCUGCUGUCAUAUCUUGGCGCACCACCCUGGUAGGGUAGGGCAGGGACACCUCUUCUGUCAUCACUGCAAUCUCUCAGAGGUGAUUGUAUCAAACAAUGGGGAACAGAGACGACGAGUACGACUUCUUGUUCAAAGUCGUGCUAAUCGGAGACUCUGGAGUGGGGAAGAGUAACCUGCUGUCCCGUUUCACGAGAAAUGAAUUCAACCUGGAGAGCAAGAGCACCAUCGGGGUGGAGUUUGCCACCCGCAGCAUCCAGGUGGACGGCAAGACGAUAAAGGCUCAGAUCUGGGACACGGCAGGACAGGAGCGCUACAGAGCAAUCACCUCAGCGUAUUACCGAGGUGCCGUCGGGGCUCUCCUAGUGUACGACAUCGCCAAACACCUGACGUAUGAGAAUGUGGAGCGCUGGCUGAAGGAGCUGAGGGACCACGCUGACAACAACAUAGUCAUCAUGCUGGUCGGAAACAAGAGCGACCUCCGCCACCUCAGGGCCGUGCCCACCGACGAGGCUCGAGCAUUCGCAGAAAAGAACACUCUCUCUUUUAUUGAGACAUCAGCGCUGGACUCCACAAAUGUAGAAGAAGCUUUCAAGAACAUUUUAACAGAAAUCUACCGCAUUGUGUCACAGAAGCAGAUAGCGGACAGGUCUGCGCACGACGAGUCUCCAGGCAACAACGUCGUAGACAUAAGCGUCCCGCCGACCACCGACGGCCAGAAGGGCAACAAACUGCAGUGCUGCCAAAGCCUGUGACGCUCGACACCAUGACACUCACUCCCCCCCCCACUCCACCUCGACAUCACAUCACAUCACCUGUGCACUUUUACCUCCCUGCAACUCUGCUCACAGCCAACUCCCUCAUCACUUAAUCCUGUGUUGUUGUUUUUUUUUUUUUUUCUACCUUCGGUCAUGUUUUAUAUAUUACUCUUGAAGUCACUCGUGCUCUUCUCUUCUGCCAUGAAAGCAACAUUUCAGAAGGUUCCUGCGUCGCGGGGCCGAGGUAGUCGUCGCUGUCUUAAUGAAGCCUGGGAAGUUGUUGUUGUUUGAACUUGACUGAAACGCUGUGACUUCCAGGGGAAGUUGUGAAAUGCAUUUCAACGGUUACCACUAGAUGGUGCUGUGUAUAUAAACUACAGGCAGUUAACCAACAGCAAACCUGGUGAAGCAGUAUUAAGCGUUUGACAGUGUGGGUCUUACUUCCCUCUUACACCGGUUGUCAUGCCAAAAAUGUCCUCAUUAUGUAUUUAUUGAAGAAUAUUUGGCUGAAGUUGUCAUUGUUUUACUUUCAGGUUAAAAACUGUAUAAAUUUACAAUAAAAUUCUUGACUAAA